AGAGUCUCGGCAACUGGUACUGCUGCGGGAAGAGGCAGCUUUCCUGCGUGACCAGUCUUCUGGACUGGCUUUGGCUCGCGAUCGUGCCCACCUCGAAACAGAACGGGUCGUUAAGACAGCAAGAGAGGCUCAUCAUCGACUAAUGGAGGCAGAGGCGGCCAGGGAGACGGCUGUUGCCCAGCUUGAGGUAGCCAAUACUGGGCGGACCGAUGCAGAGGCUCGACUUACUAGAGCAACAGCACACUUAGAGCUCCUGACACAGAUGGCAAGCAAACUGGAAGAGGAGAACAGGACUCUCUUGUUGCAAAUUCAGACUCUACUCAGCCAGAAUCAUGAGCUGCUAACGUGUACCUUGGAAAAUCGACAAAAUCAUCAGCUUGAGGAGGCCGCCCUCCGGUUUGUAUAUUGA